AUGUCACAAGGAACUAGUAGAAGAAAUCGCGAUAAUUAUUGGGAAGAAGUAAAAGGCACUGAUCCAGGAUAUAGGAGUCGUAGUGUGAGGAGUUGUGUACUGGCCCUGAAGAGCAUAUUGGAGGUAAUAGGAGAGAUAGAUGUGAAAAAAUUGAAUAAGGUGGUGUUGGAAGAGAAUGAAACAAGGUGCUCAGAUUUAGAAGAUGAGUUGGGCAAUCUUGAGAGUUUGUUGUUGAUAGAGGAUCAAAAAGAAGAUGAGUCAGAAGAUGAGUCAGAGGCCGGGGACAGAAUCAUAGUUGGGCAUGAACUUACUUCAAAACGAUUAGUAAAAAUUUGUUCAGCCUUAAAUGAAGUUGGUAAUUGA